AUGGCGGCUAAAUCGGACGGGGUCCUGAAAAUGAAGAAGAGCGACGUGGCCUUCACCCCCCUGCAGAACUCGGAGCACUCGGGCUCGGUGCAGGGGCUUCACCCGGGAGCCCAGACCGACUCCGCAGGAACCGGGGAUGGGGACUUCGCCAACGGGGAGUCGCGGUGCUGCGGCGGGGGAGGCUCCAACUCGACGUGCCUUCGCCUGGGCAGGGAGCAGCAGAAAUACACGGUGUGGGACUGCCUGUGGAUCGUAGCCGCAGUGGCCGUGUAUCUGGCAGAUGUGGGCACCGACGUGUGGCUGUCAAUCGACUACUACCUCCGCCGCGACUACUGGUGGUUCGGCCUGACGCUCUUCUUCGUGGUGCUGGGCUCCUUCUCGGUCCAGCUCUUCAGCUUCAGAUGGUUCGUGCACGACCUGAGCACCGAGGACGGAGCGGAGACCGCCGCCGAUUGCUCACACAUGGAUGGAAAUAAGCUGCUGAGCGGAUCGGCCUCACACGGCGACGUUACCGCUCAGCACCACCCGACCACGCCGCAGAGACAGGCGUCGACCGCCAGCAAGAACACCACCACCAACAGCACGGCGAGCACCGCAGCGGGCAGCAGGAGCAGGAAACGAUCGGCCUACUACUCCUUCUGCGUCUGGUUCGGCCAGUCCAUCAUCCACAUCCUCCAGUUGGGACAGAUAUGGAGGUAUUUUCAUACCAUCUACCUGGGCGUUCGGAGUCGUCAGAGUGUGGAGACCGAUCGCUGGCGUUACUAUUGGAGGAUGGUCUUUGAAUUUGCAGAUGUGAGCAUGCUGCACCUACUCGCCACCUUUCUGGAGAGUGCUCCACAACUGGUUUUGCAGCUGUGCAUCAUUAUACAGACACACAAGCUCCAGCCUGUGCAAGGUAUGACUGCUGCAGCCUCCCUUGUGUCUCUGGCCUGGGCCCUGGCCUCUUACCAGAAGGCCUUGCGGGAGUCUCGAGAUGACAAGAAGCCCAUCAGCUACCUGGCUGUCAUCAUCCAAUUCUGCUGGCACUUUUUCACUAUUGCUGCGAGGGUCAUCACUUUUGCCCUGUUUGCCUCUGUGUUUCAACUUUACUUUGGCAUCUUUAUUGUCUUGCACUGGUGCAUCAUGACCUUCUGGAUUGUCCACUGUGAGACAGACUUCUGCAUCAGCAAGUGGGAGGAGAUCGUGUUUGACAUGGUAGUGGGCAUAAUCUACAUCUUCUCCUGGUUUAACGUCAAGGAGGGACGGACAAGGUGUCGGCUGUUCAUCUACUACCUGGUGAUUCUUGUGGAGAAUGCAGCUCUCAGUGCGUUGUGGUAUCUCUACCGCUCGCCUCCCACCACUGACGCCUUUGCAGUGCCAGCACUCUGCGUCAUCUUCAGCAGUUUCCUCACCGGUGUGGUUUUCAUGCUUAUGUAUUAUGCCUUUUUUCACCCCAAUGGGCCACGCUUUAGCCGCUCGCCGAGUGGCCAGGGUCUCGACCUGGAUCCCACUGCUCAGUUCUCCACACUACCAUCAGAAGGAGCCACCAACUCACUACGUUCCAACCGAGGUGCCACCACAACCUUGGAGCGGGACAUGGGGAAGUAUUCUGAGCGGGAUGGCUGCAUGCCAAUUUUUCAGGUCCGACCCACAAUGCCAUCUACGCCAUCGUCUCGUGCUCCACGCAUUGAUGAGACUGUCAUCAAGAUCGACCUCUGUAGGAACCGCUACCCAGCUUGGGAGCGUCAUGUCCUCGACCGCAGUAUACGCAGAGCCAUCCUGGCUAUAGACUGCUCACUGACUCCUCCACGGCUGCAGUAUAAAGAUGACGCUCUGGUGCAAGAGAGGUUGGAAUACGAGACCACACUAUAGUCCCACCCUGCUCUCAGAACCCAUGGAGGGUGCAGCCAUUAGAGGAUUAUCCUGCUAUCACAGAAACAGAAACAGGGACUGUGGCAAUAAGAAUUUGUUACUACCAACAAUUCCACUCUCAUAUCACUUUUUGUAUUCCUCAGCAUCAACACUCACCCAGGAGCAUCAACCUUGUUGGUGGUGAUUGGAGGAGCAAUUUGUCACAAGUGCAGUUGAAAUCACCGGAUGUGUUGAGGUUCUUUGUAAGGUUUUUGCUGUUAUUUUUACUUCCGCUCAUCAGGGAAAUUCUGUCUGGUAAAACCUGAAUGCAAAUGAACAGAGUGCUUUGAAAUUCUGCUCAGACCAAACAGGAAGCUGAUGCACUGUUUGGUUACGGUUGGGAAAGUUACGGAUAAAAUAAGCAAAUAUUCACAUCCACCCAGACAAGUCGCCGGACACCAGGAAACAAUUCCUCCUUCAGCAUCAUUAGGAACGUCCAACGUAAACGGAAGUUCUGAUGAAGUGGUCGCAUAGCAGCCACAACUCGGUGGCUACUUCCAUCAAUACUCCAUCACACUUAUUGCUCCUGUUCUUAGUGCCAAAAAGUUUCCUUGGAAAUGUUCUCUAGAUUCUGAGGAGUUGGGACACAAUAUGCCAGGUUCAGACUACAUGAUAUAAGCCUGAGUAUUGCCAGAGCCAGCACAUGUAGGGCAUGGGCUCAGAUGUGUAGGUGACAUGACAAUCGAUCAUCCCAUUAAGUGUCAUGAAGGACAACAACUGAUGCCGCAUGUCACCUUUUUCUUCACAAUGUUCUCUUAUGUCCAUGACUUUGACCAAUAUGAGUACAGAGUGCUCUUUCAUGCACAACUGUAAACUGGUGAAGUACCAGAGUAAUGAUGCUGGUGCUGCAAGUGGCACUGUGAAACAGGACAGUCACUGCCAUUUUUAAGGCUUUUGCGAACAAUAGACGGCCUGCAUCAUAAACACCGCCAUUGUUUGUUUUCAUUGGUUUUCGUAGCACCACCUUCCGGAUGACAUCACAGGUGUCAAGAAAGACGACAUGGUUGGAUUGCUUGGGACUAAUUUCGUGUCUCUUGGCCAAGUCACAGCAAGAAGUUAUGACUCUAUAAUCACCUUCUCUCAAACGUUGACCAUUGCAACGGACAACAAUAUGGUGUAGUCUGAACCCGGCAUUAGAGAUGCCUGGGGAGUCCAAAACCUUCUUCCCUUACCAAGACAUUUCAUUCCUCUGGGAUUAUUGUGGUCUACACUGGAAGGUCAGACAGCAAGUGAACUACAUGAAGAUAGUGGUAAAAGUAGCAUCUAUACUCAGUCAUUGUGUUUUGUUUAGAUAAAUAAACUAAACCUGGCAGGAAGGAAUGAUAGGAAGCAGCAAAGAAGGGGGGAGCUGGACCCAAACAACCCCACUAUCUUUCUCCAUUAUGGAAGUAAGUCAAACACACACAAUGCCAAGAAACAUCUUCCUGGCAGCUCAACUCAAAAAUGUGCAGUCAAACAUCCUAAAACUGGAAAUGAUACUGAUCUUUGCUUGGAGUAAUAUGGUGUGCAGGUGGGGCAGCAAAGUUCAAAGCAGCAAAGACAAGGACAAGACAGAAUGAACAGGAAAUGGAAAUGAGUUGAGGAUGGAGAAGAGAAAAACCAGACAAGCAGCCGACUCAGCCAAACUAAACCAACCACCAGGUCUACAAGAUACAGUUAGUUUUAACUCAGAGUUGUUGUAGAGGGUACUGGACUUACUGUCUGUGUUUUUUUUGUUUUUUUUUUGUGGUGUAAGCUUGAUACAAGACCCCCUGUUUUAUCACAUAUCAUGGUCUGGGGAAGGUAACUAUUACAUCCAUAUAUUUUCAGUGGGGGACCUCUAAUACAGGAAACAAACAAAAAACAAUGUUUGCAGUUGGGUGUAGAUCCCAAAAAACAAGAUAAAUUCCAACAGAUAUAGAUUUAUUUCACUAAACUUAAAAACGGUGCAAUAUCAAAUAUGGCACAAUGUUCUUCCUUGCACUGGUGGCCAGUCACAGCACUGACUAUAAAUGACACGACACACCUCUCUCUCUCUCUCUGUCACAUUCAUCGUUUUUGCCACUUUUUUAAAAAUCUGUGUGGACACUGCUUGAAUAUUACUGUAACAAAAUAGACACAAACAUUCAUCCCAACGAGUUUGCAUUCAUAAUCAACACGGCAAAGGGAACACAGAAAAAAUGCUAUAUUUGGAUUCAAAAGGUCAAUGGAGAAAUAGGUCAAGACAGCUGUUAAAGUCUCCAGAGAGAGCUGGAGGGGAGAGGACUUAAAAGGAGUGCCUUGGACUUAAGCUACGCUGUGAUUCUGGCACAAAGCCUUUUCAAGGUAAUAAUCAAAUUUGAACCAUCCUGUCAUCCAGUGAGUUGAUAUGUAGCUGUUGAUCAGACCAGACUAAGGCCGCGUUCAGACUGCAGGCGAAUCUGAUUUAAAUCAGAUUCCAACUCAAAUCCGAUUUUUAGGGCUGACUGUCCACACUGUUUUUAGCAAGUGUCCAAAUCGGAUAUGGCUCUGUUCAGACUGGGCCACAUUAUUGACUGAUCUGACAGGUUGCUGUAGUAACGGCGUCAGAUCGUCUGACGUCAUAUAAUUGCGACAUCGACAAGAACAACAACAACAAACAUGAUGGAGGCAUGUCACCUCAGUAUAUUGGCCUUAUCGCUGUCCAGUAGAGGUGCAGAACAUCUCAGACGCACCAGGGGAGAAACCGGGUGGAUGGACCCCGUCGGGCCCGCAUGAGUCGGGCGCGGCUGCCGGUGGACGUCACGGACAGUCAAAACCGAUCUGAGUGUUUGGAGCGGUUCAGACUGAGACGCAUCUGUCCAAAUGCGAUUUGAAACUACCUCAUGAAGGUGGUUUCGAUCCGGUCUGCAAAAAUCGGAUUCCAUGUGAUUUGUGACUGUUCAGACUUCAAAAGAGCCAUCCAGUUCCAAUCUGGAUGGGCUAAAAAUCAGAUUUUUGCUGGCAGUCUGAACGAGGCCUAAAGGUCGAGGGCCUUCUAGUGGCCCCUACGGACAAAGUAACGUUAUGAGGUCAUUAAACGGCAUUCAGACAGUGGUGCUGAAAAUGUAAGACUUGUCCUCAUGGUGGUCUUGGGAUCCUUAAAAAUAAGAUUAUAGACAUUAAAAUCAAUGACAAGUUUUAUUUAAAAUCUGAACUCAAGUUUUCUAGUUUUCUAGUUAGGUCAAAAUGUUAGUUAACCCUAAACUGACUUGGGUGAUCAGUUUUUUAAUAUUUUUCAUUUUGCCACUUUACUAAUGUUUACCAUGCCGUGUUGGUAUAAUUUUUUCAGCACAACCUCACCUAUAUGACUUGAAAACUAUUCUUUUUUCUUAAAUUUACUGGAUCAACAUUUGAAAACCCAAAAGAAACAAAAAACAUCAAAUCAGAUAUCUAAAAUGUUUUUGUUUUUUUUAACUUUCUAAACAUAAUCAUGUCCAAUUAAGAAUUUUUAAUGUUGCAAAUGUGAACACAGGUCGCAAAAAUAACAUAAGAGAUACAAUUAGGAAAAUAUCUAGUUCUCUGUUUUUAUACUAAAUAUGUUUCACAUUAUCUCCGGUUUUACCUAUUAUCAUCAAACAAAAACUGGCAUGUAGUUUCAAGCCAGGACUUUCAAGGGAAGUUGAUGGCAGGGCAUGACACUGCUUCGUUUUUAACUUGUGACAUCAUGAAGAAAUAA